CUCGAUUUCCAACUGCUGCAACUCAUGCUGCCGCUGUCUUUGCUCAACAAGGCCCAGGGCCAUCCUAUGUUGAUUGAGCUCAAAAAUGGUGACACAUUCAACGGACAUCUCGUCAACUGCGAUCCAUACAUGAACGUUAAUCUGAGAGAAGUGAUUAGAACUUCAGCAGACGGCGAAAAGUUUUGGAAAAUUCCUGAAAUAUAUAUUCGUGGUAGCACCAUCAAGUACCUGCGUGUGCCUGACGAAAUCUUGGAUCUGGUUAAAGAAGAACAGAGUCGUCCACGUCAAAAUGAUGAUCGUCGUGGCGGCUACCGCAGUGGUGGUAUGGGUCGUGGUGAUAACAGAGGCGGACGUGGCAACUCUAGAGAUGGCAAACAGGAAGGGUUUCGUGGUGAUCGCAGUACAAAUGCAGCAACAAAAUAAAAUUUGAUAAUAUGAAAUA